UGUAUAUCAAGGAAGUGUAGAUUUUAAUAUACAGAGUCUGCUAUUGUUUUAUAUAAAACAAAAGAAAUUAGGGUAUUUUGAUUGCAUUGGCAAUAGUCGAGCGUAUUUGUUUUUGGUAUAUUGAAAAUUCCAAACGGAAACGGGUUAGUAUAUAUAUAAUUAAAUUACCUCUUAAAAAGUAAUUAGUAUCGAAGAAUUUGCCCCAGGGAAACAAACGAUGAUGCACAAUAUCAGGAAAGCCUUAAUUAACUCAAUUAUUGCCUUGGUAAUAAUUAGUUUUCAUCAAAUUAAUUGCCUGGAUGUCCAUUGUGACAACCCGCUUUAUCUGUCCUUCACCAAGUCGUCACAAGACAUGUUCACUGAAAGUCAAUAUGCAGCUCAGAUUGGGAACAUCUCGGGGAAGACACAGUGUGAGGAUUUCAGAAUGGACGCAACUUUCAGAAGUUACCCACCAACGAACGAAGUAGGCACUUGUCCCUGGACCUUUGGGAAGAACGUCGACAAUGACAGGGUACCGAGAGAGUUGUGGGAGGCCAAGUGUGCGUGUCGCUGUGGUUUACAUCGGACCGACUGUCUACAGUACAGGUGUGUACCAGUGUACACAUACGUCACUGUACUCAGGAGAAAGAAUUGUACAAAUGUCACACAGGAAAUAUUCCCACUGAGUGUUGGCUGCACACAAGUGAGGCUUAUUCGCAGGUUAGACGCAAAUCAAAUGAUCCCUUGAAAUGUAAAAAAACUCACAGAAAACUCUUUCAUUGUAUCAACACUUAUUGCGACAACUCAUUGAUGACAAUCACAAUAGGUUUGUUAUAUAAAUGUAUAUUUAUAUUUCA